ACAUCACCAAACUUAGGCCCUGGCACGUCACAGGUGGGAGAAAUGUCUAUACCAAGAUUCCUAAAAGUAACAUAUGGAGCAUACGAUAAUUACAUUCCAGUCAGUGAGUUAAGCAAAAAAUCAUGGAAUCAGCAAUACUUUUCCCUGGCAUUUCCCAAACCACCAAGGCCAGGAAAAAAACGGAGAUCACUACCUUCCCAGUUACAGAACAAUACAGCUCCUGUAAUUGAUGAAGAAAAAUUAGGAGUUCACAGACCACCAUUAUGGAUGCACCGUUCCCUGAUGAGAAUAUCCGAGAGACCAUCCGUUUAUUUAGCUGCCAGGAAGGGCCUUAUACCAAAACCACUUCAUUUUGGCAAGGGAGAGUCGAAAAGCGUGGGCACACACAAGUCUUUGGCUUCAGAAAAAACAAAGAAAGAAGUAAAAAUGAAAAAAGAUGGAUUUGAAGCAAAAGAGAAGACAGCGUUAAAGACAGACAAGGAGGGAAGUCCCAAACCAGCUAAAAAGAACAUUCCAAGGGAUUCACAAAAGGACAAGGGAAGAGUAUCUUCAGAUUCUGAAGGCGAAAAGGCUGGUGUGAAGAAGGGAUCCAAGAAAGUUAAAAAUACACCUAAGGGUAAAGAUUCAGCCUCAGAAUCUGAGGGUGAAAAGGCUGGAUCCAAGAAGGAAGCCAAGGUCACUAAAAAAGGGUCAACGGGUAAAGACUCAACCUCUGAAUCUGGAGGGGAAAAGGCUGGAUCCAAGAAGGAAGCCAAGGUCACUAAAAAAGGGUCAACGGGCAAAGACUCAGCCUCUGAAUCUGGAGGGGAAAAGGCUGGAUCCAAGAAGGAAGCCAAGGUCACUAAAAAAGGCUCAACGGGUAAAGACUCAGCCUCUGAAUCUGGAGGUGAAAAGGCUGGAUCCAAGAAGGAAGCCAAGGUCACUAAAAAAGGGUCAACGGGCAAAGACUCAGCCUCUGAAUCUGGAGGUGAAAAGGCUGGAUCCAAGAAGGAAGCCAAGGUCACUAAAAAAGGCUCAAAGAGUAAAGACUCAGCCUCUGAAUCUGGAGGGGAAAAGGCUGGAUCCAAGAAGGAAGCAAAGGUCACUAAAAAAGGGUCAACGGGUAAAGACUCAGCCUCUGAAUCUGGAGGGGAAAAGGCUGGAUCCAAGAAGGAAGCCAAGGCCACUAAAAAAGGCUCAAAGAGUAAAGACUCAGCCUCUGAAUCUGGAGGGGAAAAGGCUGGAUCCAAGAAGGAAGCCAAGGCCACUAAAAAAGGCUCAAAGAGUAAAGACUCAGCCUCUGAAUCUGGAGGUGAAAAGGCUGGAUCCAAGAAGGAAGCCAAGGCCACUAAAAAAGGCUCCAAGGAUAAAACUUCAAUCUCAGAAUCUGGAAGUGAAAAGGCUGGAUCCAAGAAGGAAGCCAAGACCACUAAAAAAGGAUCCAAGGAUAAAGUGUCAGCCACAGAAUCUGGAGGUGAAAAGGCUGGUUCGAAGAAGGAAGCCAAGGCCACUAAAAAAGGAUCCAAGGAUAAAGUGUCAGGCACAGAAUCUGGAGGUGAAAAGGCUGGUUCGAAGAAGGAAGCCAAGACCACUAAAAAAGAAUCCAAGGAUAAAGUGUCAGCCACAGAAUCUGGAGGUGAAAAGGCUGGUUCGAAGAAGGAAGCCAAGGAUGAUAAAAAAGAUGCAACGAGCUCACAAGAAACACUUUUAAGUACAGCAGCUGACAAAGAUGGCAAAAAGAAGGAAGAAAAACCAGUUAAACAGAGUUCAAAAAGCAAAGAUACGGUUAAAGAUUCUGCAAGUGAAAAGGGAGAUGAAAAGAAAGAGGACAAGAAGGAAGGGAAAAAGGAGAAGAAAAAGAAAGAUGGAGAAGGAAAAGAGGGUGGUAAGAAAGAGAAGAAAGACAAGAAGGACAAGAAAGACAAAAAGGACAAGAAGGACAAGAAAGACAAGAAAGACAAGAAAGAAAAAGACAAGAAAGACAAGAAAGAUAAGAAAGAUAAGAAAGAUAAGAAAGAUAAGAAAGACAAGAAAGACAAGAAAGACAAGAAAGCAAAGUAGGAGAAGUAGGUCUUGGUUCAAAAAGCAAACUGAAGGUAAGAACUCCAAAGCAUAUACAGUGAACCCAUUCAGUAGUCUUAACAUUGAUCUGUGAGAUAAAAGAAGUGUGCAAAGAUUAAUCAAAUCAUUUAUUAAACAGAAGAAAAAUUACAGGGUGAAAUGAAAAUAUAGAAUUAAAACAAAGGACUAAGGAGACUCCAUAGGAUUCAUUGGACAAUGUGGAAGGUACCUAUUUUAAAUUUGUAGCUAUGGAGGUCUAAAAGUAAAAUCACUAGAGAGAUUCAAAGAAUAUGCAAGUAAGAAUUCAGAAAAUAACGAUUGGAAAACAGACAACAAAAAACACAAUAUUGCACAGGACUUUGUUAAAAAAAAAAAGCUUACAAGAAGGCUUGGUGCUGUCUCUAGAUUUAAUGAUGUGCAGCUGAGCUUGUACACUUAAGAAGCACAAUAGCCAAGAAAAGAAAAACAAUGCUUAGAAAAUAGAGUUUGAACUGAAUAAAUAACAAAAAUGACUUCACAAGUAGAACACAUAGAAGAGAGAAAAGGAAUGAGUGAAAAGGAAUGAGUGUAGAAGGGAUGAAGGCAAAGAUGGAAGGAAAGAUAAGAGAGAAAAGACCACCAUCCAUAGGAAAAAGAGAGAGGACACCUUGAGUUUGUUUAUAGGACCAUCUGAGUUUCAAGUGACCACAAGACUGACCCACCUGUAAUCCCAGAUGAACAUUUUUGGCAUCUUCAAAUCAAAAUGCCACAAUAGAAGAGUUGAUAUUACCACCAGAGACCAUUGUUUCCCAAAUCUCUAUUCUGUAAUCUAAGCCACAGUCUCAUCUAAAGCUGGAAAUGUCCAUCAUCAUUGGCAGAGAUGUGAAGUUGCUGUUUUUACCAAGUCUGCAGUGAGAAAGCAGAGAAGAAGAAGAAGAAGUUGUACUGGGCUAUCAAACAUCAAGAAUGUGAUAAGGAAAGAAGAUGAUGAAAUCAAAGAGAUAACUCCAGCUCUGGAAAUGAGAAGCAGAAAAAACCAAAAAUGAUAAAGAAUAAGAGAAAAACAACAGAACUCUAUGAAGGUCAUUUAAGAAGUACAGCAGAACUCUGGCAAUGAAGACAUUGUAUAGUUUUAUUCAAAAUCUAUGGUAUACUAUGAAGAACUGUUCAAAAUUCCCAUUAUGGAAGAGUGCAACAUUUAAUUCUCUUGAUUAUCUUCAUGUCUGUGAAGUUGUCAGGCAGCUCUAAUUUUGAAAUGAAUGAAUUUUAACAUCAGAUGAGAACAUCCAUUAAAACAUCUCUCCAUUGA